GGAAACUGUGAAAUUGAAAGUGUUCAGUCAGUUCAGACUGUAUUUUGAUCCAACGGAGCAGAAGGAUGAAAACUAAAGACUGAAGCAGGACUGACUUCAGAUCAGAAGAUGAGUGAUUGUGUGGAGGAAGAGGAGGACAGAGCAGAGUCUCUAGUCUCUGGCUGUCUGUCUAUGAAGAGUGAUCAGUCUAUAGAUGAUCCUCCUCUCUUCAGUAAUGAACCUGGACCCUCAGAGUCAAAAGUUCAGUUCAGACAGAGAGCAGAGUCUCCAGUACCCAGCUGUCUGUCUAUGAAGAGUGACCAGUCCAAAGAUCUUCCUCCAGUCUUCAGUAAUGAACCUGGACCCUCAGACACAAAAGUUCAGUACAGACAGAGAGCAGAGUCUCCAGUACCCAGCUGUCUGUCUAUGAAGAGUGACCAGUCCAAAGAUCUUCCUCAUGUCUUCAGUAAUGAACCUGGACCCUCAGACACAAAAGUUCAGUUCAGACAGAGAGCAGAGUCUCCAGUACCCAGCUGUCUGUCUAUGAAGAGUGACCAGUCCAAAGAUCUUCCUCCAGUCUUCAGUAAUGAACCUGGACCCUCAGACACAAAAGUUCAGUACAGACAGAGAGCAGAGUCUCCAGUACCCAGCUGUCUGUCUAUGAAGAGUGACCAGUCCAAAGAUCUUCCUCAUGUCUUCAGUAAUGAACCUGGACCCUCAGACACAAAGAAGAUCAGUCUGAAAAAGAGAUGUGAAUGUGUGACUGAAGGAACUGAUGCAACAGGAAGUAAAACCCUCCUCAACAGGAUCUACACUGAGCUCUACAUCACAGAGGUACAGAGUGAAGAGGUUAAUACCCAACAUGAGGUGAGGCAGCUUGAGACAGCUUCCAAGAAGAAGACCCUCCAUGACGCUCCAAUCAAGUGCCAGGACAUCUUUAAAGCCUUACCUGACCAACAGGAACACAUCAGAGUCGUUCUGACCUAUGGCGUCGCUGGCAUUGGAAAAACCUUCUCAGUACAGAAGUUCACUCUGGACUGGGCAGAGGGCUUGGAGAACCAAGAUGUCAGUCUGGUGGUUCUGCUUUCGUUCAGGGAGCUGAACUUGAUCAGAGAUGAGCAGUACAGUCUUCUCAUGCUGCUCCAUGUUUUCCAUCCAACAUUACAGAAGGUCACAGCAGAGAAGCUCGCUGUCUGUAAAGUUCUGUUCAUCUUUGAUGGCCUGGAUGAAAGGAGACUUUCACUGGAUUUCAAGAACAACGAGGUUGUGUCUGAUGUCACCCAGAAGUCAUCAGUCAACGUGCUGUUGACAAACCUCAUCCAGGGGAAUCUGCUUCCCUCAGCUCUCGUCUGGAUAACUUCCCGCCCUGCAGCAGCCAAUCAGAUCCCUCCUGCAUGUGUUGACAGGGUUACAGAAGUACAAGGCUUCACUGAUGCCCAGAAGGAGGAGUACUUCAGGAGGAGAGUCAGUGAUGAAGAGCAGUCCAGCAGAAUCAUCUCACACAUCAAGACAUCCAGGAGUCUCCACAUCAUGUGUCCAAUUCCAGUCUUCUGCUGGAUCACUGCUACAGUUCUGGACCACAUGUUGACUACAGACCAGAGAGGAGAGCUGCCCAAGACCCUGACUGACCUGUACUCACACUUCCUAUUGGUUCAUACAAAGAGCAAGAAGCAGAAGUAUGGUGAGGGACAUGAGACGAGUCCACAGGAGCUGACUAAGGCUGACAGGGAAGUUCUUCUGAAGCUGGGGAGGCUGGCGUUUGAACAGCUGGAGAAAGGAAACAUCAUGUUCUACCAAGAAGACCUGGAGCGGUGUGGUCUUGAUGUCACAGAGGCCUCGGUGUACUCAGGAGUUUGUACAGAGAUCUUCAAAAGAGAGUGUGUGAUCUUCCAGAAAACAGUCUACUGCUUUGUUCACCUGAGCAUUCAGGAGUUUCUGGCUGCAGUCUACAUGUUCCACUGUUACACAAAUAGCAACACAAAGGUACUGAAGGACUUCCUGGGAGAAGACUACAAGCACAGAGAGUCAAUCCCAAAGUCUCCUCUCAAGAACAUCUCUAAGUGUUUUGGAAACAAUGAUAGUCGUGGCCCAUCUAUGGAUGUCUUCCUGAAGAGAGCCAUGGAGAAAUCCCUUGAAAGUAAAAGUGGCCACCUGGACCUGUUUGUUCGCUUCCUUCAUGGCCUCUCUCUGGAGUCCAACCAGAGACUCUUAGGAGGUCUGCUGGGUCAGACAAAGAGCAGUUCAGGAAGCAUCCAGAGAGCCAUCAACAACCUGAAGGAGAUGAACAGAGAUAAUAUCUCUCCUGAAAGAAGCAUCAACAUCUUCCACUGUCUGACAGAGAUGAACGACCACUCGGUACAUCAGGAGAUCCAAGAGUUCCUGAAGUCAGAGAACAGAUCAGAGAAGAAACUCUCUGAGAUCCACUGCUCAGCUCUGGCCUACAUGCUGCAGAUGUCAGAGGAGGUUCUGGAUGAGUUGGACCUGAAGAAGUACAACACAACAAACAAGGGACGACGGAGACUGAUUCCAGCUGUGAGGAACUGCAGAAAAGCUCAACUUUCUUGCUGUGGACUCUCAGAUACUCACUGUGAAGUUGUGGCCUCAGCUCUGAAGUCCAACCCCUCCUAUCUGAGAGAGCUGGACCUGAGUGACAACGACCUGCAGGAUUCAGGAGUGAAGCUGCUGUCUGCUGGACUGGAGAGUCAAAACUGUAGACUGGAGACUCUGAGCUUGAGGGGCUGCAGUUUGUCAGAGAUCAGCUGUGCUUCUCUGGCCUCAGCUCUGAAGUCCAACCCCUCCCAUCUGAGAGAGCUGGAGCUGAGUGCAAACAACCUGAAGGAUUCAGAUGUGAAGCUCCUGUGUGGUUUUCUGGAGAGUCCACAUUGUAGACUGGAGACUCUGGGAUUGAUGUACAUCAGUUUGUCAGAGAUCAGCUGUGCUUCUCUGGCCUCAGCUCUGAAGUCCAACCCCUCCCAUCUGAGAGAGCUGGAGCUGAGUACCAACAACCUGUAUGAUUCAGGAGUGAAGCUCCUGUGUGGUUUUCUGGAGAGUCCACACUGUAGACUGGAGACUCUGAGAUUGAGUGGCUGCAGGUUGUCAGAGAUCAACUGUGCUUCUCUGGCCUCAGCUCUGAAGUCCAACCCCUCCCAUCUGAGAGAGCUGCAGCUGAGAGACAACCACCUGAAGGAUUCAGAUGUGAAGCAGCUGUCUGAUCUUGUGGAGAGUCCACAAUGUAGACUGGAGACUCUGAGCCGUAGUGGAGGUCUAAGUCAGAGUGAGUGAUCAAAAAAGUGGAUGUGUUGAGAGGAUCAGCCAUGUCCUGAUGAUCCACAGAGGUUCACCACCUGGACCUGCAUCUUAUUUUGUCUUCUUUAUUCAUUCAUAUAUUCUGAACCCAAAGUGCCUCUGCAGAAUAGUUCAGUUUAUGACAACAUAACUGUAGGUUAACACAUUUAAAUAGAUCUCUGUGCUCUGCUUUGUGUCGCAGCUCCACCCUGUGGAACGAUGGAGUUUCGCUGUUUAUUUCCACAUAUUUCUAAAUAACAGUGGAAGUUGAUAAAGUUACCUUUCUAAACCCAAUACCAGCCGUUUCUCAUAUUAUAAAAAUAAAUAUUUGCUUGUAACAAACAGAAAGAAUUAGAUAAAACCUGAAUUCAAUCAAGGCUUCAGUGAAGUUUCUCAACUGACUACAAACAGAUUAUGUCUGGAUUUUGGUGGAAAGUCAACCCCUUCAUAUUUUAUUUAGUAUAUAAUUGUGAGGGAGCUGCAACCCCCCCCCCCCCCCCCCCCCCCUCACUAAGAUGGAAAAAUUCACACGUGUGAAUAGACUGUGUUAAGUUCACGAAAAAACAGACUAAUACAUGAAGUUCAGGUAAUUAUGUUAUGCUUUUAUUUUUUGGAAGUCCUCUAAGAACUCUCUCUUUGAGGCCGACUUCAGGGAAGUGUUUUCAGGGAGCACACCUGAAACUUCAGCCACAAGUCUCCAGCUGGUUUCAGUCAAGGCCUAUGGAAAGGAGGCUGGGUCACGCGUCAUAUCUCCAGGGGUAUAACACAUGCGCAGUAAAAUCUCACCUGCACUCGCCAAAAUUGAGCCAAUUGCAACGUACGACCGCAGCUUCAGUUACACUGCGCAUGAGUUAUACCCCAUAACCCAAGACCCAAAUCCGCCCGUGACCCAGCCUCCUUUCCAUAGGCCUUGGUUCAUUUAGCUUGUUGGGCUGAACCAAGUGCCAGGGAAGAUAGGGGGGAGUGGGCUAGAGUGGUUGUUUAAAUUGGCUUUCUUUUGAUACUUCUUCCAUUUAUCAUGCAUAUUAU